AUGGUAGAAUUUUUAGAAAAAGUUGGUACUGAGUUUGUAAACUACAUCUCGGGUGAUAAAUCAUCACCUGCGGAUGUUCCAAGGAUCUUUCGUUAUGGAUCAUUCGCUGAGGUUAGAGAAAAAGCUUUCGCGAAAUGGUAUGUCAAUGGCAAAGACUACUUUCAUGCUGUUUCGGAGGCCAUCUCUAAUGCUGAACAUGAAAUCUUCAUCGAAGAUUGGUGGCUUUCUCCUGAAUUGUUUUACAAUGUGAUUGAAAUAUUUCCAAAACUCGAGUUCCCGAAUUUCAUUCCCAAAGAACAUAAUGCCGGCAGAUAUCUUCGUAGACCUCCUUAUAAGAAUGAAGAGUGGCGGCUUGAUAGACUUCUUAAGAGAAAGGCGAAGCAAGGCGUAAAAAUUUAUGUUGUCCUUUACAGGGAGCUGGAACAAGCCUUAACUUUAAACUCGAAACAUAGCAAAAAAGUAUUAAUAGAAGAAAUGGAUGGAAAUAUUCUUGUACAAAGACAUCCUGAUCAUGGAAUUGAUGGUACUUUCUUUUGGGCGCAUCAUGAG